AUGGAUCUUACUAUAACGCAGAUAAGACUUGUUAGUUAGUUAGAUAUGGUCAGUUUGACGACUUCGGAAUCGUAUGAAGCGGUUGCCACGUUUCUGUAGACAUCGGACUUGUGGUCCCACGAUCUCGGCUUGUCCAAGACAUUGCUGGGUCAUUGUGGCAGUCUGUGGCGUAUCUUAGCUCUUCGAAUGGUACGCGAAUGCUUCCGUUCACCACGAAACAGACCGAGGCCGUUAUCCCGCAAUCUCGUGGUGUCGAAGGAUCGAAAGUUCGAACAACCAGGUGGAAAAUUGGCAAUUUUCUCUCGUUGUCGUUUCGCGAAAAAAAAAUUCCAGGAUUUGUGCAAAUCCGUGGAACUAUUUCGGAUUUUUACAGCACAUUUGAGGUGAAACUAUAAAGAAACACAUUAGUGAGACUGUUAAUCAAUGUCAGCAGUACGAAAAUUUGAUAACGAAAAGAUAUUCUUUUAUCCUUGAAGAACUAUGUUGACGCACAGAGGCAUGUGGUUACCAAAACACGAACAACUGAAAGAAAUUAUAAUAACAGAAUAA